AUGAGCACGCUCGACAACCUACCGGAGGAACUACUCGCUCUCGUCCUCCAGAACUGCGACACCUUUUCUCAGCUACGAAGCCUUGUCCUAACGUCUAAAAGACUGCAUGAUGCCUGGACAUGCAACCAACGUGCCAUUCUUUGGAACAUAAGCCAGAGAGCCAUAGUCAGCUUCAGUGACGCCCUCAUCGCAGUCCGCGCAACAAGAAUAGCUACAGAUUCCUUUCUCAGCGGUCAACUUCCUCCAGACCCGUUCCCCACCUCACAACUCAGCGGUGACACAGUUAAGCCCUCCAUAGACGAGGUGAAGCACGCUCUCGAAUUCGCCCAUCUAGCACAGUAUCUCGAAGGCAAGACCCGCUCCCCAGUCGGAAAACGGAGAGAAUUCCUACCAGAUAUGUGGUACUUUGACAGUCUUGCCUGGACCCCUCGUACAUGGCAGGUCUGGCGAGAAAACUAUCACCGGGCUAUCUAUCGGUAUCUCACUGCGGGGGCAGUUCUCUGUCGUGCGUAUUACGCGCCGCUUGUUUCUAAAAGAAAGCCAGCUGGGUUUCUUUCUUCCCUGCUCUCUACUCUUGAGGGCAUAGCUGUGCGAAGCAACCGUGAAUAUCCAGAAUGGUUUACGGAAGAUGAACAACGAUAUCUCUCCACGAUCCCACUCUACGAUAGUCAGGCAUACGCGCACUGGGAAUCGGCAUUCAAGCCACUCGAAGAAAUCUUUGUGACCGAGAGCAAAAAGCAGUCUCGGCUGUUAGGACCGGUCACCCCUCCACAACCAGCUGAAGGCUUAUCACAGUGUCUUCAAUGCAUCUUCGGGGCAGAAGCGAAGAACCUCCAAUCCCUUCACCCUACACAUGCAGACACUCUCUUCCAACAGACCCUUCAGUUCCUUAGUUUAAUCGACGACGACAUCCGGCUACUCAUCGCUCUACCAGGGGAUACACCACUAGAGCCCAUCGACAACCCGAUAACCCCCCCAUCGACGACCGCAUUCCUCUUCGGCUCGUUCACGCCCAUGAAUAUAACCAUCCGCCGAGGCCAAUGCCAGUGUAAAUGCAUAACCACGUCCGCAUUCGCUACACCCCUCCUGCCUCCUCUCAACAGCAAGACCGUCUCUACUGUCACAGCACCGCAGUAUCUCUCCUUCUCCAACAUGCACAACUACCUCAAAAAGGUGCACGACGCAUCCAGCCUCCCAAACUGCUACAGCGACCCGCUCCGGAAGACUCCACCCCCGAUAAGCUUCUUCUCAGAAUACAUGAUGCGCAAGUAUUUUGGGCUGCGGUUUGCGUGUACAAUGUUUGAUUCGACGUACGAGAUUCGCUGUGCUUGGUAUGCAUUCCAUCAAUUUGGGGGUGUUUUUACGGGGUUUGGACCGGGCCCUGGAUCGGAUGAGGAUGAUGUAACGUAUGUAGGGCAGGAUUUACUGGUGCCUGCGGAUGAUCCGACUCCGGUGCCUUGCUAUGAUGAGCAUGCGUGGUAUUACUAG